AAGGCAAUGGGGCAAGGCAGGUCUAUUCCUCACCUCUUCGCGCGACAUGAAGCAGCACGUCGAACACCUGCGACGCGUCUUCGACAUUCUUCUACGAGAACGAUUCUGCAUCAAAUUACUGUAUCCAGGAGCGAAUUCGCCCUCGAGAAGAUCCAAUUCCUUGGACACAUGGUGAGCGCUCAAGGAGUUCACGUCGACCCCAAGAAAAUCGAAGCCGUACGCACGUGGAAGACACCCGAGAACGUGAAGGAGUUGCAGCCGUUCCUAGGCUACGCUAACUAUUAUAACAAGUUCGUGCCAUAGUACGCAAAAAUCGCAACACCAC